AUGACAGACCGGAAUUUACCAGAGUGGAUGUCAAAUAAUGAAAUUCCUGCUCUCAAACAGGCUCAAUCAGGAUUCCAUAAGAGAAAUGUCACAGACGAGGAUCUCCCUUAUCUGGAGUUUACUGGCACAGUCAUAUACAGUCAUGAGAAGAAUGACUGCUUGUUUUUGUCGCAGGAUUUAAGGGCUGGUCUACAGCCCAGUUCUGCCAUAGGAUUUGAUAUAGAAUGGCCACCUUGCUUCCUCAAGGGACAGAAGAAGAAAGUUGCAUUGGUCCAGCUGUGUACCUCAGAGGAGAAAUGCUACCUCUUUCAUCUCUGUUCAAUGACAGGAUUUCCAACUGGUCUGAAGUUGUUGCUGGAGGAUGAGUCUGUAAUAAAAGUUGGCGUGGGAAUCGAGGGAGACAUGUGGAAGUUACUGUCAGACUUCAGUAUCAAAAUGACAAACUUUGUGGAGCUGGGAGAUUUAGCAAAUGAAAAACUAAGAUGUGUGGAGAAGUGGAGUCUGGCUGGGCUCGUUAUGCACCUUUUCAGGAAGAAGCUCUUCAAAAGUAAACAUGUUCGCUGCAGCAAUUGGAAUAACUUCCAUCUCUCUGAGGACCAGAAAAGAUACGCUGCCACAGAUGCUUAUGCUGGUUUGAUCAUUUAUAACAAACUGCUCAAUUGGGAUCUAGGAGUUGAGAAUUGUAGGUCUGGCCUCAAGGAUAAGGUUUCCCAAAUGCCUAGUGAAAUGGCUAGUUUAGCUGGCCGUAUUCAUAAUGAAGUCAAUGACAUGGAAAGAGCUUCCAAGCUGGUUGAAGACAUGUCUGCCAGCGUCAACUCUCUAAAAGAUAUUCUAAUAAAGAGCAACAACACAGCUUGUUCUUCACCUCAAGAACUCUUGCCUCUUGGCCCCGAAAGCAGUGAGGUGAUUGGUUGUAGCCCAUCAGUUGAGUCAAGCAGAACACGUGCCCAGGAUGGAGAUGAUGUGGAUCUAAACCAGUCUAACCUAGACCUGUUCAAGGCUCAUGAACCAGUAAAGAAUGUCAGAGAAGCCUCAUACUGGCAGAAAGAAGGCAUCAUGUCUCUGGAUAUCUCAGAGUAUGAGCUUCAGAUGCUGGAGAUGCAAGUAAAAGAAGAAGAUCGUGAAGAACAGUCCACCCUGGACUUCAAGGAGAAGAAUACCCUGGAGAACUCAGCCGACCUCUUGUAUGAUGUGGCGAGUGAUGAGGAGCUGGAGAACCAGAUGUUACAGUGUGUGGAAGAAGCAGAGAAGUUGAGUCGUGAAGAAAACAAGACGGAAGAUGAACAGAAAGACCUUGAGGAAGCCUCUUCCUCUCCAGAGGAAGAGGAGGAUGUCAUUAGAGAGGAGGAGGAAGAGUUUGAUCCUUCCUUUCCAGAGCCCAAUCCAGAUCAUAUAAAAUGUCUGAAGAUGAAUUUUGGACACAGUUGUUUCAAGCCGGUACAAUGGAAAGUAAUACACUCGGUUAUGAAGGAGAGGAGAGAUAAUCUUGUUGUUAUGGCAACGGGCUAUGGGAAGAGCUUGUGUUUCCAGUUCCCCCCAGUGUACUGUGGAGGUCUGAGCGUCGUCAUCUCUCCCCUCAUUGCCCUCAUGGAGGACCAGGUGCUGCAACUGCAAAUGUCCAAUAUUCCUGCCUGUUUCCUUGGUUCAGCUCAGACCAAAAAUGUCUUGUUGGACGUGAAACAGGGGCAAUACAAAGUUGUGUUCAUAACCCCAGAAUACUGCUCUGGAAGUGUUUCUUUACUGGAGCAGCUCAACACAACUAUUGGAAUCUCUCUGAUAGCGGUGGACGAGGCUCAUUGUAUCUCAGAGUGGGGCCAUGACUUCAGAGGAGCCUAUAGAAACCUUGGCAAACUGAAGAGAUGUAUGCCCAAUGUCCCUAUCAUUGCGUUAACAGCCACAGCCAGCCCCUCCAUCAGGAUGGACAUUGUGAGGAGCCUAAACCUGGUGGAUCCUGUCAUAACCUGCACCUCCUUUGACAGGCCCAACCUCUUCUUGGAGGUCGGCCGCAAGUCUGGAAACAUGGUGGAAGACAUGAAGCGCUUCCUAAGGAAGAAGCCUGGGGGGGAUUAUGAGUUUGAGGGGCCCUCUAUAGUGUACUGCCCCUCCAGGAAGGAGGCAGAGCAGGUGAGUAUUGUACUGUACAAUCUGGGCAUUACCGUUGGACUGUACCAUGCUGGGCUGGGCAUCAAACAGAGGAGAGAGUCACAACACAGCUUCAUGAGAGAUGAAAUUCAGUGCGUUGUGGCCACUGUGGCAUUUGGAAUGGGUAUCAACAAGCUGGACAUUAGGAAGGUUAUCCACUAUGGGGCCCCAAAGGAGAUGGAGUCAUACUACCAGGAGAUCGGCAGGGCAGGGAGAGAUGGGCUGCCCAGUGCCUGCCACGUCCUCUGGACACCUGGAGACAUGACCAUCAAUAGGUUUUUCCUCAACCAGGUGACUAACACAUUUCGUCCCUACAAGUUGAAAAUGAUGGUCAAGAUGGAGCAGUAUCUCAAAUCAUACAAAUGCAGAAGAAAAUUGAUCCUCUCUCAUUUUGAAGACAAGCAGCUGAGAAAAGUCACUUCUGGCAUCAAGGGAACUUACCAGUGUUGUGACAACUGCAAAUCUGGGUUGGUGAACAUCAUAGACGACAGUGUUUGUGAUGGCGGCAUUGGAGGAGGAAGCAGGCAUCAGGACUUUGGCCCCCUGGGGUUCCAGCUGCUAAGUGCAGUGGCUGCUAUGGGGGAGAGGUAUGGCACCACCACCACCAUCCUCUUCCUGCGUGGCUCGAACUCUCAAAGGGUUCCUGAAAACUACCGGCGCCACCCUCUGUUCGGAGGGGGAAAGGGCAUACCAGAGCCCUGCUGGAAGGCCUUGGCCAAGGAGCUGCUCAUAGAGGACCUCCUGCAAGAGUACACUGGCAGUAACAAGUUCUGCACCCUUUGUCGAAUAACCCUUAAGGGUAAGAUGUGGCUCAACCAAGCCCAGGAUGAGACAAAGAGAAGCCUACUGCUACAGCCUAACAGGGAGCUCAGUACCUGGUCUGUCCAAAGACGUAAGCCCAGCCUUGCUCCUACCUCAAAUACUGCAGCUGGCAGACAGUCUUCAACUGUGGCUCAGAAUCAUUUGACUGCCUCCCACUCAGGAAACAUUGGCAGCAAAGUUUACGAAAAGUACAACAGUUCACCUGGCAGGUUCCAGUCACAGGUGCCCAAACCUCCGCCAGACCCAGUUUAUCCUAGAGAGCUACAACUACAGGCAGAGUUGUACGCCAAACUGGUUGCCGAGCGACAAAAACUGGCCAGCGAGAAAGACAUUCCACCAGCCAUACUAGCCACCAACAAGAUUCUCCUCGACAUGGCAAAGAUUAGACCAUGCACGGUGUCCGAUCUGAAGCUGGUUGAUGGCGUGUCUGAAGCCAAGUCAAGCAUGUUGGCGCCUCUCCUCAAAACCAUAGCAAGUUUAUGUGCGGAACACCAACUUAAGGUGAACUGUCCAUCUACUGUACACAGAGAAGAAAGCUCAUCGCUGCUGUCAAGGCCCCAUCCCUCCCCUCUACCAGACAGUGUCAACAUCACCUACAGACUGUUCCAGGAGCAGGGCCAGAGCAUGAAAUAUGUGUGUGACGCUCGCAGCCUGCCCUCUGCUGUGGUGGAGUCCCAUCUGCUGCAGGCCUUCAGGGCAGACCUCCCUCUAGACGUGAACAGAGCUGGUCUCACCCCUGCCAUAAGAGACACCAUCAUGCGCAUUGUCCAGUCUGCCCCUAUCAACUCCAACCUCAAUGACAUCAAGGCCAUCCGAGCUGGAAUUCCCAAAGAUAUCAGCCCCUUCCUGCUCAAAUUGACUGUGGCCAUGCUGCAGAGAGAUGGAGUGCAUACAGCGCCCUCUGCUGUCCCCAUCGGCCCACUGCAGCCUAGGUCUGCAGCACCACCCCAGAGCCAGCAGUCCAUCUCCUGGAUUGAACCAGAGGAGGUAACUCCUAGCAGCACUAGGAAUGUGCCCAGCACCUCUGAACCAUCCCCCACUCCUAAAGCUACCCUCCAGACCAGCGCAAUUAUGUUGGCAUCCUGGAACUACAAGUCCCCAGAUGAGGAUACACAGGACAUUUUCAACGAUUCCUCUGUAAAGAACUUUAGCCAGCCUUCAAAGAGGAAGUUACCAGAUUGGUCAGAAGUUCUGACAGUCCCGACCGUACCUGCUGCUAUGAAGAAAGCCAAAAAGAAGAAAGGUCUUUUUUCCUAAUCCAUACAAUGAUUUGUAUUAAUUGGGACCUCAUCUGAAACUGUUGAUAUAAUUCCAUGUGCAAUUAUUGUUUUGUUUUACUUGUUAAGAAUAAAAUGUAAAUUCAA